AUCAAUCCGUCCCGUUUUGGACUUUCAGUUCACUGUUCUUACCGCUGCGCGACUGCUGCCCUCCUCUGACUGGCUAAUCCAAUCUUCCUUCCCUUCCAAUCCAACUGACGGACAAGCGAUUCAGUAAUGUGUUGCUACGCCUAUCGAUAAAGCGGCUUGGAGAAAUUAAAGUGGGUCAAUAGUCAAAACUCUAAAGCCAGAGUAUGGUGAUGUGGGUAUUUGGGUAUGGUUCUCUGAUUUGGAAAGCUGGCUUUCCAUUUGAUGAAAGCGUCGUGUGUUUCAUCAGAGGCUAUCGGCGUGUCUUCCAUCAAGGCAGUACUGAUCAUAGGGGGACCCCUGAAUACCCUGGAAGAACAGUAACUCUCGAACCUGCUGAAGGAGAAGUAUGUUGGGGAGUUGCUUACAAGAUCUAUAAGAAGGAAGAUCAAGAAAUUGCAUUUACGUAUCUUGAGGCGAGGGAGAAGCAGUACGACAAGAAGGUCUACCUUGAUGUUUUCGCUGAGCUUACAGCUACAACUCCAGCCAUUUCUGGAGUGAUGGUAUACAUAGCAUCUCCAGACAAGGACGUCAACACAAAUUACUUGGGCCCUGCAUCUGUUGAAGAGAUAGCGAGGCAAAUAAUUCGGGCUGAAGGUCCGUCAGGACCUAACACAGAUUAUCUUUUCCAACUUGAGAAAGCUUUGCUUCAAAUAGGGUGCCAAGACAAGCACGUCAUGGAUCUUGCAAAUGAAGUUCGGCGUAUUCUUUCAGAACAGAAGUGAAUGUUGAAGGUUGUUUUGGGCACUGUGUGUGGAAUUGGAUCCUCAAAAUGGAGCAAUCCUGUAUUGAACUACAUUGUCUGUACUGUAUUGUUUCUGGACAAUGGUAGAAUAUCCAUGUCCAGCGAUCUUUCAAAUUAACGAUGGCGCCAUUGCGAUGCAUACGCCCCUGAUUGGUUAAUUACUUUACAAUGCAUAUCUAGCACAAUCAUUUUUUUUUUUAUCAUGUUUGUAAUAAUGGCACUUGGUGAUGACGUAAUUUAAUACUCCUUUUGGUCUAA